UGCAGGUCAGCCUGUUGUGUACUACCAACCUUUACCAAAGGGGGGCAAGCCCUUCCCAACAUGUCCAGUUGCCAUGCCAGCGAAAGCUAGCGAAGAAGGCUCCAGCUGAGCUCCUGUCAUUCACGUUCGAAGCUAACGUCGUCACGUUUAUUGGCAAAGAAAUAUUUAACAGCGCUCCCGUUUUGCACAUUUGAAGCCAACAUCGUUAUGUUUAGCUUCGGUUAAAUAUUUAAUACAGUCCAGCAGCUUGGCUUGCACCUCGUUAAGGUGUGCAAGACAGCUGAGCCAUGGCCAAUGCUCAGUCUGCUCUGAAGAUGGCCGUGUGCCUCCUCGUGAUAGCAGAGCUGCUCCUUGCCAAGAAAGACUACUACGACAUACUGGGAGUGCCAAAAGACGCCACUGAGCGGCAAAUCAAGAAAGCUUUUCACAGGCUCGCCAUGAGGUACCAUCCCGAUAAGAACAACAGUCUCGACGCAGAAGUGAGAUUCAGGGAAAUUGCAGAAGCUUAUGAGACGUUAUCUGACGCGACCAGAAGACGAGAGUAUGACCAGUUUGGUGGCGGCGCUUAUUUCAAGGCAGGGACGCAAAUGAGGCGGAGCCCGCACCAACCUUUCACCUUCAAAUUCGACGACAUCUUCAAAGAUUUUGACAUGUACAGCCACAAUGACAGGCACGCUCGGAACAAGCAACACUUCGACGAACAUUCCAAGAGAGAAUCCCACGGCCGACACAGGAGACACUUUCAAGGGGCCGGCGUCUUUGGUGACGUGUUUGACGACAUCGAGAAGAUGUUCGCCCUCCACAGGCACCCCACACGGACUGAAAGUGUCUUUCGCGCUACUUCCAAACAACACUGUAGAACAGUAACACAGCGCAGAGGGAAUAUGGUGACCACGUACACAGACUGCACUGCAUCCUAGGGUGCAAUUGCUACUGCUGUACAAUACAUUUGUAAUGAUGAGAAAGAUACUGUACGUUUAAAAGUGACGAGGGUUACAACGGGGGGGGGGGACAAUUUCCGCAAAGUUUGUGGUAAAUUUCCAUGAGAAAUUAAAGGGAGAGUUUGCUGUGUUAAAACCAUUGCAAGAUUUGAAUGUAGCAUCAUUUCAUUAAUCCCUUAUGUCAGGGGUGUCAAACUCUUUAUUUGUCUCGGGCUGUAUUGUAGUUAUGAUUUCCCUCAGAGGGCUGUUAUAACAGUGAAACCAUAUAAAUGUUUUAAUCAUCACCAAAACAUUAUUACCAUUACACAACAAAUUGAGGGAUAACUAGUUUUGAAAUCAGAAGACAAGGAUAAUAGUUUGUUCAAGUAUUGUUAAAGUUACUGUAGAAGAAGGGUUUGGUAACAGAAAAAUGCAAUAUCUCAACAUUAAUGUUUAUUAUUAUGACAAUUUGGAAUUUGGGUACAGAUUUUAGCAAAAAUCGAAGUUGACGAGCAUGAUUUGCUUUCGCGGGCCACAUAAAAUGAUGUGCCGGGCUGCAUCUGGCCCCCGGGACUUUGAGUUUGACACCAAUGCCUUAUGUGCACGAGUGCAAUUCUCAAACAUGGCCAUUCAUAACGGCAUGGAUUUAUGAAAGUGCAUAGUUGUGAUAAUUACAGAAAACACAUAUUCAGCUUCAAUAAAAUAGCAGUGCUAGCAAUAGUAUGUCAGCAUUUAGCACUGACAAGUUGAUGUUAACCAGACUUGCUAUGUGCUAUGUUGGUAGCAUGACUAAAUGUUAUCAGUUUGAAGUUGUAUUUGUAGGAAUGAACAAUGAAUUAAAAAUCAAAAAGAGGUGAUAAACUUACCAGUUCUGCAGAAAUGUUGCAAAUCCAUGUUGCUUCUUAAACUGCCUGAGGUCCCUUCACUUUGCUUGUUUUUGUUUGUCUUAUGCUUAGUUGUUGGCAAAUGAGGGAUGGGAUUUUUGUUUUAAUUUUCCGGAGGUGGAUCUUCCGCCAUAGUUUUAGCAAAGGUGAAGCACAAGGUAACAGGUCAGUGGGAGGCUGCGGGGUUUGCUCGCUUGAAUGUGGCCACGAGUUCACGGCAAAUGACUGACACCUCGUCAGUCAUGCCUUAUGUCUCUGAUUGGUUGUUUUUCGCCCGACGUAGUGGUUUCUUAAAAAUCUGUAAUCAUUUUAGAAUAUUGGUUUUCAUCUCUGGCUCACAGUUCUGAGGUUCAGGGUUCGAAUCUCUGCUUCAACCGUCCUGUGUGGAGCUUGCAUUGGUUCUUGUCCCUUGCAAGCCCACUUUUGUUUUUAUUUAUUUUUUGCGUUAUUGUCCACUUUAUUUUCUCACAUCACAUUUCAUAUGACUUUAAGCACCUCUAUGUAAUGGUUAAAAAAAUGUAAUUAAAAAAGCUAUUUUUCUUAACGCGCCCCUUGCUAAACAACCAAAUAUUUUUGUAUUUCUAUUAGUGCUAUUUAUAGUUUAAGGCCCCAUUCAAGAUAUUAAAUAAAAACUUAUAUAUUAACCAGAUACCGAA